CAGUGCGUGUGGGAUGACGUCAACACGGCACCUGUGACAGUACGCCUGCGCGGAUCAACCAGGAAGAGCAAUAUGCUUUAGAUAUGGCACUUCCCAACAAAUCUAGGAAAAAAGGGAAAAAAGAACAACAAGUUUGACUGCUUCCACCUCCAGUCCUAGCCAUGGUGUGCUGCCAGUCCUGCACCAGGAUGUGCUCCCGCUCGUCGGCCUACACUCUGGCCCUCGGCAUGGGCUUCGUAACUCUGGGGACCAGUCGCAUCCUGCUGCUCAAAUUCUCUGCAAAUUCUGAGAACAAGUACGACUUCCUCCCUGCGUCCGUCAAUCUCCUUGCUGAGGCGCUCAAACUGCUCUUCUGCCUGGCUAUGUCGGUCAGGGUCAUAGUCCAAGAGGGACGAUCCCGCAGAGAGCUUGGCUGUUCCUCCAGCGCCUCCUUCCUCAACUCCCUGAAGUGGGCCAUCCCGGCUUUCCUCUACUUCCUCGACAACCUCAUCAUCUUCUACGUGAUGACCUACCUGCAGCCUGCCAUGGCGGUGUUGUUCUCCAACUUUGUCAUCCUGACCACAGCUGUACUCUUCAGGAUUGUUCUGAAGAGGCGCCUGUCCUGGGUUCAGUGGGCAGCGUUGUUUGUCCUCUUCCUGUCCAUUGUUUCCUUGACGACAGGAUCGGGGAGCAGCCAAAACUCCAUAGCCGUGCCAGGUCUCCACUCCAACCCCCACUCCACCCCCUCCAACUCCUGCCUACUCUACACUCAGCUGCUGGAGCAGAUGAGGAACAGCAGUGCCAGUGCGUCGUGGGUGUCGUCCCUGCCCGGGCAGGCCUGGAGGGACAGCGUAGUGGAGAAGCUUCGGUCUCUGGGUGUAGGUCACAUCCUGCUCCUCCUCCAGUGCUUCAUCUCGGCCAUGGCCAACAUCUACAACGAGAAGAUCCUGAAAGAAGGAGACCAGCUCACGGAGAGCAUCUUCAUCCAGAACAGUAAAUUGUAUGCCUUCGGCGUGGUGUUUAACGGUCUGACCCUCGGGCUCGGCAGCGAGGCUCGGGGCCUCGCUGUGCACUGUGGCCUCCUGCAUGGACAUAAUGUCUACUCCCUGUGUCUAGUGCUGGUCACUGCUGCCCUGGGUUUAUCUGUGGCCUUCAUCUUGAAAUUCAGAGACAACAUGUUCCACGUGCUGACGGGCCAGAUCAACACGGUCCUGGUCACCGCCCUCUCCCUCUUCCUCUUCGACUUCCGCCCUUCGCUGGACUUCUUCCUCCAGGCUCCCAUAGUCCUGCUGGCCAUCUUCAUCUACAACGCCAGCCGGCCCAAGGACCUGGAAUACAGCCUGCAGCAGGAAAAACUGCGGGUCAUCAACGGGGAGGUGUUCGAGAGGUCCAGAGGGGUAGGGAGCAAACCGCUUCGCUCAACUCACCUCCAUGACGGCGAGGAGCUGGAGCUCCUGACAAAGCCCAACACAGACAGUGAAUCCGAGGAGGAGUCUUUGUAGUACUGACUGACAAGACCCAAGGUAUUGUUCUUCACCGCUGCUAAACAGUACAGACUCAUGGAGGCAGCGCGCUCGCUGACUCUGUCAAAGCAUUUAUUCGAAUGGCGUGACUGGCAGUGAUGGUGGGGUCAUUUGAUGAACUCUGUCCGACUCUUGUGAUUCCUCCGACUAUUGUGUAUAUUUUGAAAUGUGCCUGUCUGUAUACGAGCGCCGUCAUUUACAGAGAAACAUCAUUGGAUGUUAGGGCUGCACGAUAUGAGGAGAAUAUGCGACAUGCGAUAACGUUGUUGAAUAUCGCGAUAACGAUAUCAUUUGCGAUAAAUAAUCAGAUAAAGUGUUCUCAGUUCUGCUGCUUUCAGUAUUCUGCUGAAAUACAACAAACUGCUUGUUGAAUUUAAAACAAGUAAAAAGGAAAUCAUUUCCAACGUUGUUUUAUUGAAGAAAUUGAACAUAAAAGGCAGCACUAAAUGAAGAAUGACAGUUACAGUACAUUUUCAAGCGCAGUUUCUACUCAUAUUUUCUUUCAACUAAUACAAAAAUAUCUCUAAGUGUCUUUCGCGAUAUGUCGCAGCCUUUCGAGAUAUGGUUAUUGCACCAGUUGAUAAUGCGAUUAUAAAAACCGAUAUAUUGUGCAGCCCUAGUGUAUGUGCUUGGAAAAUAGCCGUCACCGUGUUUGGCAUUCGGGAUCAUUAAGGGUGUCUGUUAUGUAUAGUUUUAUUUCUUCUAAUGAUUCCUGUUGAGUGUGCAGCUAUUUGACAUCUUGCAGGUAAUGACCAGUCACACAGUUGUAUGAUUGUAUUUGGCUUGUAAUUGUUGUGUACCGUGUAAAAGACGUGCGUAUUCAAUGGUCAGUAUUUAAAACACUGUGGAAAACUGAAGCGCCACUUUCCAGUACAAAGUCACAAACUACAGCUUCAACUAUACAUUACCAGGAAUGUAUACGCACAACGGGACUGAUGUUUCCAUUACAGUUUUACGGAGCUUUCUAUUUCUCCCGCUCACUCAGUGUAUUUUCUUAAACAUGAACGAGAACCAUGAGCAUCUACAGAACUGACCAGUUAGUACGCCUGCAUUUCUGAAAGCACAACAAAGUGGUUCUUGGUUCUCCUACUUGGCCUUUUUUUUUUUGUCACAUUGAUGUGAUUACAACUGUGAAAUAUAGUUCUUUUAAGAUUCUUCUUGUGCCAUUAAAUUUGAAUGCUUGUUCUGAAAUAAACUUCAAGUAAAUUGCU